AUGUCUUGCAGCUACAUCUAUUACGUGGAGAAGCACAUUAAAGCGUUGCUGGAUCUCGGCUGUCAUGUAAUCGUGGUGUUCGAUGGUCGUCCCCUUCCUGCAAAAAAGGAUACAAAUGACGACAGAAGACAGCGACGUGCCGAUAAUGUCAAGGCCGGUGAACUGCUCCUUGCAGAAGGAAAGCUUGACGAGGCGAUGGAAAAGUUCAAACGAGCUACCUCUAUCACUACCGACGUGGUAGAGAGUGCCAUUCAGCAUUUUCGUAGUUUCACCAAUGUGGAUGUGAUUGUUUCGCCUUACGAAUCUGACGCGCAGUUGGCGUUUCUGGUGAACGAACAUUUAGCUGAUGUGGUAAUAACUGAAGAUUCCGAUCUCAUUGCUUUCGCUUGUGAAAAGAUAGUUUUCAAAUGGAAUUGUGAGCGAGGAGAUUGCUUGAUCUAUGAGAAGAGUCAGUUGCCACGAUGUUUCACGGGUGUUAUGGGUUCGCGUUUUGACUUCACUAAAUUCCGACGAAUUUGUAUUUUAUCUGGAUGCGAUUAUCUUCAGGCUGGACUACCGGGUAUAGGGCUUAACAAAGCUCUUUCUUUCUUUUCGAAAACCUCCAGAACAGAUCUCCGUAAGUUACUACCUCGAAUUCCCUCCUACCUCAACAUGUCAAAGUUGAGCGUUCCAAAAGAAUUUGUUGAAGAGUUCAUCCGUGCCGAAAAUACUUUUCUUUACCAGGUAGUAUUCGAUCCUCGUCAAAGGUGCCAGCGACCCCUAACACCGUAUCCGUAUCCUCGACAUGCUUCCAAAAUAGAUGAGGAUGACGAUGACUUCGCCAAACCCAAUGUACAGUCAUGUAACGAUGAGAACUAUUCUUAUGCCGGUGAAGUGGUGUCGUCCAGCCUCGCAGUUCGACUUGCUUUGGGAAAUCAGGUGGAUCAGUCGAUACUUGCGGACAAAUUUUACUUGCCAACUCCGGUUCCUGAAUGGUCUGUAUGGAACGACCGCUAUGAAAGCUGUGGUACUCGAAAAAGACGUUUGGAAAAAGAGAAAAAAGAAAAAGACAAGAAAUGUGGCACAGCUUUUGAGUUCGACUCGCCGUCAAAGAAACGACGCAAGGUUGACGAUUCCAUUAUUUGUAUUGAUCUCGAAAACGAGAGCGAACUGAAAACACCGUCGCAAUCGUCUGGUGGAAAGUCUUCGCAGUCUAGUGGAUCACCUUCACAGUCGUCUAAUGGACCACCUACGCAGACUAGUGAAUCACCUUCGCAGACUAGUGAACCACUCUCGCAGUCGUCUGAUGAGCCAUCAUCACAGUCUUUAGAUAAGCCACCAAAGAUUGAGGAGCCGUCAAAAGCCAUGCCAAACAAUUCACCAUCUUGCAAGGUGCUUCGCUCAAAAUUCGUUAAAAAUGAAGCAUACAGCAAUUGGACCGUCGAAGAAGUAAUGAAGGUGUAUGGCUCUGAAACUAAAGCAGGUACUUUCCAUAACCUCUUUCAAAUCGCG